CCUCCGCGACCGCGCCGCCGCCAUGAAGACCGCCGUCCUUCUGUGCGUCGCCCUGGCGGGCUGCGCCUGCGCCCUGGCUGCCGGCGAGGGAGACGAGGUGCAGGCUGCCGUGGGCAAGCUGGAGAAGGCCUUCUUCACGGACGUCCCCGCACCGUCCAAGAAGGAGAGCCACGGCCUCCGCAUCAUCAACGGCCAGGUCGCCGCGCCGGGCCAGUUCCCGUACUACGUCGGCGUCUACAUCGACUUGAGCGGCUUCUGCGGCGGCUCCCUCAUCAACAAGAAGUGGGUGCUGACGGCGGCCCACUGCGUCGACGGCGGCAACUUCUGGGCGCUGUUCAUGGGCGUGACGAGCAUGUGGAUGGCCAAGCAGGAGGGCCGCGAGGUGCACGUGACGCGCGGGGGGCUGCACCACCCCGACUACGACAGCAAGCUCAUCAUCAACGACCUGGGCCUGAUCCAGCUCAUGAACGAAGUCACCAUCACCAACCUCAUCGGCACCGUCACUCUCACUCCGAAGGGCGUCGACUACGUCGGAAGCAGCCCCACCGUGGCCGGUUUUGGCAAGAUCCACGACCUGCCGAAGAUCAUCAGCGACGACCUCAUGUUCACGUCCAUGCCCGUGGUGAGCAGCGACAUCUGCUACGACGCGUACGGCUCCGAGCACCCUUCCUUCAUCUGCCUGGCCACCGACCAGGUCAAGACCAGCUCGUGCAACGGCGACAGCGGCGGGCCCCUGGUCGUCUACGACGCGCAGAACAACCCCACGCAGAUCGGCGCCACCAGCUUCGGCGCGACCGCGAGCUGCGAGGAGGGCUACCCCGUGGGCUUCGUCAACCUGGCCUACUUCAUCGACUGGAUCGCCGAGUCCACCGGCAUCCCCUAUCCCUUCAACCAGUAGAGUGUAGUCCCGAAACUUGUGUAAAUAAAGACGUAUUUAUAGAACAGAA